AUGGAAGAUAUUAACAAGCGCAGCAGGCCUGCCGCAACCGAGGAGGACGGAUCGGACCAGAUCGGCGUAGACUCACCACGCUCAGGGGUCGCAACCCCGCAGCCUGAUCUCCAUGACAAGCGGUUGCCGGGCAUUAUGAGCUAUUUCAACCAGGUUCGUUCUCAAAGCUCCUUUUCGCGCUUCCUGCCCUUCAAGGCGAACGAGCAAACCACAACUGCCUCCGAAGCCGUUGCGCCUCGGACCGACGAGCCUCCUCGGGCUAGCCUCACCCCUGGGCUCCCAUUGAGUCCCGUUGAACCGGAAAUACACAGUGCCUCGGCAGAUGAGGGACCGCCCCUCCUGGCUCAUGAGAUUUUGGGACCGGUGGCAGAUGUCAUGCCACCAGCAGAUGACCAGAUGCACCCAUACCCAACCCCUCCCACGUCGCAACGGUCAUCGGUGCGCAACUUCAAGGGCGACGCGGGCAGUGAGAAGUCAAGAGGUGCUACUCCCCCUCCAAGCUCACGACCAGCCAGCCUUCAUCAAAUAAGCGUGCCGGACGGUGGGAGGGGAAACGGUGUUGCGCGUAGGUCGUCACUGCUGGCUCCCUUGACGGCCACAGUUGAUGGAUCGAGCGUGCCCGCACCUCAUCUGUCGAAUCCUGCUAGUCCUGUCCCCAAUGUUCCAAACUCCACGAGUUGGUUGCGCGGUGGUUCCGGAGAAUCAGAAGACCUUUCCUAUCCGUCUGCGUCUGUUGCGCAUCUUAAGAAGCUAACAGAUGUGACUGCUACAAAGAGCGGUGCUUCUACCCCGACACGUGCGCUUUCGACCGCCCAACCGUCGCAAAGUGAGGAAAAGCAGCCUGAGGAGACGAGCAGGACGAACAGCGAAGGAAGUACCGAGAGGGAUAGCCGCACAGCAUCCCAGACACCAACACCCUCCACGUCUUCCGGAGGAGCGCCAGCAUCGAGAGGAAAGCUUACAAUCAAGGUCGGAGAGGCACGGGGUUUGAGGAGGUGCAGAGAUCCAUAUGUGGUCGUGGUCUUUCAGCGGAGCGAGCUGAUUUCGCCAGGCCCUCGCCGUGCGGUUGAGGAUGACGAUGACGCCGCAAUCGCAGCCGUCCAAACGGGUGGAAUUCCUAUUCAGCGCCAAGGCAGUGACUCCGGCCGACCGAUGGCAAUUCCCAUGCGAAGUCGGCAGAGCAGCAACACAAGCCUUACCGACUUCAACACGUUUCGGAGGCGCAACUCAUCCCAACCUCGGCGGUCUUUCACUAAUCCCACCUGGGACGCUGAGGCCGUUUUUGAUGUGGUAGACUCGGACAUGCUUGUCGACAUCUCGGUAUAUGGCCAAGGGCCAUCCGGUGAGGAGUUUCUUGGACACGUCGAUUUCGAGGCCAACAAAACCGAGCCAAUUCGAGGCUGGUUUCCCCUGCAAGGCCAUGCCGACACAAUGGCCGAGAAUGCGCCGACGGGCGAAAUUUACGUCGAAGCGCACUAUCAAAGAGCCGAACAGAAGCAUUUUGGCCCCGAGGACUUCCAGAUUCUCCGACUCAUCGGAAAAGGCACAUUCGGUCAGGUGUACCAGGUUCGGAAGAAGGAUACCGGUCGGAUCUACGCCAUGAAGGUCCUAUCCAAGAAGGUGAUUGUUCAGAAGAAAGAGGUGGCACAUACAGUGGGCGAGCGCAACAUCUUGGUCCGUACGGCCAUGUCCGACUCGCCUUUUAUUGUGGGGCUGAAGUUUUCCUUCCAAACGCCAUCGGAUCUCUAUCUUGUAACGGAUUACAUGUCAGGUGGAGAGCUAUUUUGGCACUUGCAGAAGGACGGCAAGUUCGAGGAGAAGCGCGCAAAAUUCUACAUUGCGGAGCUCAUCCUUGCGAUCCAACACCUACAUGAAAACGACAUUGUGUACCGCGAUCUCAAGCCGGAGAACAUCCUUCUGGACGCCAAUGGUCACAUCGCUCUCUGCGAUUUCGGUCUUUCCAAGGCCAACCUGACGAAGAACGACACCACAAACACUUUCUGCGGUACAACCGAGUACCUAGCACCCGAAGUACUUCUCGAUGAAGCCGGUUACACCAAGAUGGUCGACUUUUGGUCCCUGGGCGUUCUCGUUUUCGAGAUGUGCUGCGGCUGGAGUCCAUUCUACGCUGAAGAUACCCAGCAGAUGUACAAGAACAUUGCCUUUGGCAAAGUCAGAUUCCCGCGCGACACACUUUCUUUGGAAGGCCGAAAUUUCGUAAAGGGACUUCUAAACCGAAACCCCAAGCACCGCCUUGGCGCUACCGACGAUGCCGAGGAGUUGAAGAGGCAUGCCUUUUUCGCCGAUAUCGACUGGGAUGCGCUCUCCAAGAAGCUCAUCACACCGCCUUUCAAGCCGCAGCUCAAGAGUGACACUGAUGUGUCAUACUUUGACCCCGAAUUCACCAAUGCGCUCAACGCCAAUGGAUCGCUCAAUGAGCGUGCAGCUGCGUUGGCCAGAGGCUAUGCCACGUCUACUCCGCUCUCGCCUUCGGUACAGGCCAACUUCCAAGGCUUCACGUUUGUUGACGAAAGCGCGCUUGAGGAGAACAUGCACGAUCGUCAUUACAACAGAUACGAGGACGAUGAAAUGGACGACGUCGCGGAUCGCCGGAGGACAGAUGAUUGGGAUGACGUUCAUGAGGCCGACCAACGAGCUGCGAAUCGGAUGAGCGGUGUCGUUAAGUCUAACACGACUGAAGACCAGAUGUUUGGCGGAACCAACUUCGACCCUUGA